CGGAGAAAGAGCGAGUGAGAGUGCGACACGACGGUAGACGGAGAGAGACGACGAACGACAAUCGCGUACAGGUACGACUACAGACGCGCGCGACCUCUUGUUCUACCGACACAGUAAUAAUGUGAUGACCUAACCGACGACGACGUUAUGUACCUAUCAACACCCCAUUCCGAGCGGGGACUCCCCUCCUCCUCGGUUUCCGCUUACACCGCCCACCACGUGCAGUCUCGCGCCGCGGUUCCCCCGAUUGCGUUUGUAUUAUGUACGGCAAUGAUAAUAUAACAAUAAUUAUACGUCGUACUCAGCGAUCGUUUCAACUUUCUUUUGGAAACGUCCAAGAGUCUGCAGCGGUCGGCGUCCUGUACACGAGCACCAGACCGCCACAGUGAUCCGCACACGCCGCACGCACACGACUCAUUCGUCACGUCUUUAAGUCGGUGUUGGGAGCGCUUUUGACGAAUCGACAAGUCGCGAGCAAUAAUAACAAUUAACAACGACAUCGUGACAUCCAUUUCGACGGCCUAAAACACCGUAAAGAGGUAUACGUAUAGUUGCAGCAGUUGCGGUUCCACGAUGCCCAAGUACACAGCCUCAGAAAUGGCUUCGUUCGAAGAAGGUUUCUUAAAUUAUAAGCCACCUGUACUUCCAGAUGAAUUAAGUAAUCUUCCUGAUCGAGUCUCUAAGACUUUUAUUGGUAAAACUAUUUUUAUUACUGGUGGAUCUGGAUUUCUCGGAAAAGUUUUAGUCGAAAAGCUUCUAAGGAAAUGUCCAGACAUCGAAAGAAUUUAUUUGUUACUCAGAACAAAAAAAGGUAGCAAUCCUAAACAAAGAGUGGAAACUAUUUUCUCAUCUGUGUUAUUCGACCAUCUGAAGGAAUUACGUGGUGUGGAAGUAUUAAAUAAAGUGUACCCAAUAGCCGGUGACGUGAGUGAACCAGGUUUAGCCAUCAACGAGUCGGACCGUCGUUUGUUAGCAGACACCGUGCAAAUCGUUUAUCAUGCCGCGGCCACCAUUCGGUUCGACGAGGCACUGAAGAAAGCCGUCUUGCUCAAUACUAGAGGCACAAAAAUGGUGUUGGAUUUAGCCAAAGAAAUGAAAAAUUUACAGGUAUUUGUGCACGUGUCGACUUCUUACUGCCACUUGGACGAAAAAGUGUUAUUCGAAAAGGCGUAUCCGCCGCCAACCGAUCCGCAUAAAAUAAUCCAAAGUAUGGAAAUGUUGGACGAAUCUUUUGUAGAAACGAUAUCUAAAGAGGUUCUCGGUAGCUUUCCAAACUCGUAUGCUUUUACAAAAUGUCUUUCUGAACAUUUAGUAGUGGAACAAAUUGAAGCUGGAAUGCCUUGCAUAAUCGCUCGCCCAUCCAUUGUCAUACCGAUAUGGAAGGAGCCUCUCCCGGGAUGGACAGACAAUAUUAAUGGUCCGACGGGCUUGCUGAUAGGCGCCGGAAAAGGAGUCAUUCGUACAAUGUUCUGCAACAAUCAAGGUUACGCCGAUUAUUUACCAGUUGAUAUAACUGUUAAUGGCAUAAUAUUACUUACAUGGAAUUAUAUAAGCAACAAUGACACCACUAGAACAAUUUGCCACUUAACUUCCAGCCAAGAAUGGAGAGUAACAUGGCAAGAAAUUAUAGACAUUGGAAAAAGUAUUGUUACUACUGAAGUACCAUUGAAUGGUGCAGUAUGGUAUCCUGGUGGUAGUAUGAAGAGCAGUAAGCUGGUACACAAUAUAUGUGUAUUUUUUUUACACACUAUUCCAGCUUACUUUUUAGAUGCUAUUAUUUAUAUGUCUGGUAAUAAACCAUGUCUGGUUCGUAUUCAAGACAGAAUAAACAAAGGAUUUGAGGUGUUUGAAUACUACGCUAACAACCAAUGGGAAUUCAGAAAUGAACAUGUCCAUUAUAUGAGAAGAGUUAUGAAUCCACGAGAGAAGUUUGAGUACAAGAUUGAUGGAAACGAUAUGGACAUAAGAAAUUACUUUAGAGAUUGUAUUAUGGCUGCUCGAAUUUAUAUUUUAAAAGAAACUCCAGACACACUGCCUAGAGCUAGAAUUCAUAUGAAAAUAAUGUACUUUGUUGAUAUAAUCGCCAAAAUAUUAUUCUUUGGUUUACUGUUAUGGACUUUAUUCAAAUGGUCUGAUACAAUUAUAGCAAUUGGACUAUUAUUAUUGAACCUCAUACGGUUAUUUUUCAAGUCAAUUUUUUCAACAAUCAGCAGUGACGCUACCGUUGGACCGAUAUUGAACAAAGAACUUUAAUAAUUCUUUAUGCGUUAUUAUUAUUUUAUUUUAACGAUAAUAAACAAUCCUAACUUACAAUCUUUUAAUAUAAAAAAAUAUAAAAUCGAAACAAUGUAUACAUUUAAUAUUUUUAACACUGACAAAUCAAUCGAAUCUCUGUUUAUUUUUAAUUAUAUUUUUAAUAUUUUUAAGUGUAUAGAUUACAUUACAAUUCAAAAAUGGUUUUAACCAUACAUUAAUGUAUUAUUAGUUAUAUUUUUAAGUUACAAAGUAUUUUAAUAUAUUUUAUAUUUAAAAUAAAAAUAUAAACAUAUUUUUAUUUUAUUUCUUUUUUUAGAUUAUUUAUCAUUGAUGGUUCUAACACUAUUAUUAGAAAUAUAACAUAAUAUGUUAUACUAUAUUAUAGUAUAUUAUACUUCUUUAUAUAUUUGUUUAAUAAAAAUUUAAAAUACCAACAACUAAAGUUUAUACGUUAAUUCAUGAAUACAUUUUGCUACUUAUUUUAAAAAAAAAAAAAAGAUAUGAGCAUAUAUUUUAAUUUUAGUAAAAAAUUAUUAAGGUAUUAUAUUAUUACACGCAAAAAAACACAAAUACAACCUCUGUCUUCUAUUUAUACAAAUAAAUAAUCAACGAUUUUUUUGUGAUUUUUAAGUAUAUUACGAUUUAUAAAUAAUCAUAGGCAAUUUUAAUUUUCAUGAAAUGUGUAUAUUAUCAUUUUCUAUACUUACAUGGAAUGAUUUUACUUGACAACAUCACAAAUAUUGAUCAAUAAAUUAUUUUGUACUUAUUAAAAAUUCAUGAAAUAUUUAAUUUUUAUGACUAAGGUUUUUUGUAAUACGACGUUUUUCAUUAGUAAUUUAUUCAAGAAGAUAUACACAAUAAUUGUUAAUUUCUAAAAGACGUAUCCGUGUAGACGUAAAAAAAUAUAUAAAUCAAUCAAAUAAAACAGUUAUUUAUACUAAUUAUAUUUAUUAUACUAGGUACGACAAAAAUGUAGGUAUAUAAAAUAUUUAAUUUUAUAAUUAAUAAUUUAUAAAUAAUAUUAUAUAAAAACCAAAAGGUACGAUAAAAUAUAAUUUAUUCAUAAAAUCACCGAAAAUACCUAUAACACUUAAUUUGAAUUAAUAUUAAACUAUAAUUUUUUUUAAUUUUUCUUGAUAUAUUUUAAUACUGAUAUAUUGGGAAUAUAAUAAUAAUAUUUUUUUUUAAUUUACUACAAAUAAUUAUUGAUUGAUAUGUGUUUAUUUUUUAUACGUCGAAACGACUACGUCCAUUUGUACCCCCGUUCAUUAUUUAUAUCAUGGUUUCAUGUAAUAAAUAAAUAGUUAUUGAAAUGUAUAACUAAACAUUUUCGCUAGCCGAUUUAUAUAUUACGAUUGUAAAUAAUUAUUAUUGUCUGUUUUUAUUAGAAAAUAGAACGGCAAUUGAUCUUUUAAAGGCAAUUUAAAUAUUAAGGAAGUCUGUGUUUAAGUUUAAAGUUCAAGUAAUUAAGUUACCUACAUAUUUCCUACAAUUUAUAUUGGACACUUGAGUCAAAAACAAUUAAUGGUUUGAUAUGAUUGCUGAGAAUAAUGUUAGUCGGCAUGAUUAAAAAUAAGUUUUACUUCUGUGUUGAUGUAUACUUAUACAUAAAAAUGUGAUGUAAUAUUUUUUUUAAAGAGUUUUUUGAAUGUCUCAUAAGAAAUACUAAAUAUUAGGUUAAUUGGAAUUUUUUAAAAACAACUUUUAUAAUUAUUACGAAUAUUUUAUUAAUUUCAUUAAAUAAUAUAAUAAUAUUGUAAAUGUAUGUUUAUAUAAAUUACAUUAUGCCAAUAAUUAUAUUUUAAAUGAGAAGGAGUAUUAGUUUUCAUCAUUCUUUAAUUUUUUAAUCACCGUUCUAGAUCUAAGUAUUCUAUGAUCAACUAUUACUUAUUGUUUUAAUCCAAAUGUAAUUUGAUUAAAUAAAUGCAUUUGAUCUUGCUAUUUUUUUUUAAA